AGUAAAUGUUUGUGUUUUAUUUUUGAUGGAUAUUUAUUUAAAGACUCUCUUCGGUAUCGUCUUUGUUUAGAAUAGGUUCUUAUGCGCGUUUUAUAAUGAAGUGUCGAAACAAGUUAGUGGAAUGUGUCUUAUAUUUGAUUUUAUCACAUAGCUCCUCUGGCAUCUCGGCCCUAACGUCGCUCAUUGUUGUUCAACAGGUGGUGGGGUCGAGGGAGCUCGAGAUGGCAGACUCUCAAGGGAAGAUUGGGGUCGAGGAACUUGCCUCUCUACAGGGUAUGCGAGAUUGGGAGCGAGAUAGCCUGCCCAAGGUUGAAAUCGACUUCUUUAAGGGUUAUCAUGUCUCUGACUUCCUCGAAAAGUUUGGGCAGAUAGCAGCUCAUUGCAAGUGGAAUAAGGAGCAGUUGCUGAAGGAGGUUGUAAAGUAUAUCCAUGUAAGCCUGCAGGGGGAAGUCAGUGGGUUGAUUAGAAGGGCAGGGACGUCAUGGAAUAGAUUUUAUGAUGACAUGUGGAAUAAAUACCGGCUAGGCGAGGAACAACUGACCAAAGACGAUGUUGAGAAGAUAGACCGGUAUAGUUAUGUAUCAGUAGGGCACUUCUUGGCAGAGUAUGAGCGUGCAUCACGUAAGGUCUGGGCACUAUCAGAACAUGACAAAUGUUUUGUCUUCCUUAUGAAUUUCACAAAUGCAGAACAGCGAGAUUUGAUUCGUGGAACAGAGGGGAGACUAGUCUGGGAUAAGAUCCGAGAGAACCUUGAACAGGAGGAUUUCGACCAGUACCUCUGUCAUACCCUGCGGAAAACGAGGAAAAGAAAGAAGGCGUUGGGUAGUGAAAAGAGUGAGAAUGAUCCUGCAGGAGGUACCUCUGAUGCUAAGAAAGAUGAAUCUAAGAAGGACGCUAAGAUCACCAGGCGAAAUCACAGGUGGAGCAGAGAGAAGAAAAGUGAGUCAGGGGAUGAGAGGAAAGCGAUACAGGCUAAAGUGAGAAUUGUCGCGACCCAUACCUGUGAGAGGACGCUUGACGCUCCAAGCGAAAAGGGAAUAGAGGAGCAAAGAGUUUGGGGAGGAGCUGGUAUAACCCCGCUGCACGCUGCAUUUGAUCUUAAUAAGGAGUGUGAUGACAAGGGACCAUCGCCAGUUAUAGGUCGAACUGGACGAAGGAAUAGAAGAGGGCGAGAACGUUGUGAGUUUCUGGAGGCGGCGGGGUGGAGAGGAAGAAGGCAGUCGAGAGGCACGAUCCUGGCGUUCCAUCCGUAUAAGGUGAGCGGUCUGGAGGUCCUCGAUGGUGAAUUGGGAGGGGUCGAGAGAGGCAGUGUCGAAGUCGUCAUCGGAGGUGGGUUGAGUGGUGUUGUUAUGGAAAAAGAGGGGGCGGGAGGGAGCGGGCGCGGACUGGUGAUGGGGGUGGAGGAGUCGAUCAUGGUGAAGCAUGCGAGAGAGGAGGUCAGCAAGGGGCAUGUUGGGUUCGUGGGCGAGGGCGGUGGCAAGGUCUUUGUGGCAUACUCGUUUGAUGCGGGAGAUGAACACGCAGUCGGGAAUGACGGUGUGGGGGAGGUGGUGUCGGAGGGCGCGGACGUACUGGACGAAGCGGUCCGUGGGACUGGUCUGGCGGAGGUGGCAAAAUUGUUCAAGGUAGUCGUCAAUGGUUUUCUGGGGGCGGAAGGUGGCAGUGAGGAGGGUGGCCCAUUGGAGGAAGGUGUAGCGUGGUCCUCCGGAGGCUCGGCGGUUGCUAGCUUCAGCCAUCCACCAUUUGGCUGCAUUGCCGAGGAGGCAGGAGGUGGCAAUGGGGAGCCAGUGGGCAAGGGGCAUGUGGUGGAGCUGAAAAGAGCCGCAAGAGUACCACUGUGACUAUGAGGUGAGUUUGGCAGUCUAUGUCCCAACUUGCAAUCCGCCCUGCCUCUCGGGCAGGGUGGCAGAAGGGAAAAAAAAAAAAAAAAAAAACAUCAUGCACGACCCAAACUUGUUGGCCAGAUACUUCCAUGGGGCCCUAAGGAGACUGUACCCUAUGAAACAAAAAAACAAAAGCAAAACAAGAUG